AUGGACCCCCAGGGACAGGUGGAGCCACAGAAACCACAGAGACAGGUUGAACCACAGGAACAACAGAGACAGAUGGACCCCCAGGGACAGGUCAAACCACAGGGACAGGUGGAACUACUGGGAAAGGCAGUCACAGAAGCCACAAAGACAGGUGGAACCACAGGAACCACAGAGGCAUUUGGAACCCCAGAGACAGGUGGAACCACAGAGACAGAUAGAACAUCAGAGACAGGUGGAACCACAGGAACCCCAGAGACAGAACCACAGAGACAGGUGGAACCACAGGAACCUCAGAGACAUAUAGAACCACAGGAACAACAGCGACAUGUCGAACCACAGGGACAGGUGGAACAACAGAAACCACUGACGCAGGUGAAACCAUAGAGACAGAUGGAACACCAGAGACAGGUGGAACCACAUGAACCACAGGGACAGGAGGAACAACAAGGAGACGUGGAACCACAUUAACCACAGAGACAGGUGGAACCGCAGAGACAUAUGGAACCACAGGAACAACAGCGACAUGUGGAACCACGGGGUCAGGUUGAACCACAGAAACCACCGAGACAGGUAGAAACACAGAGACAGAUGGACCACCAGGGACAGCAGGAAAUACAAGGACACGUGGAACCACUGUGACAGGUGGAGCCACAGAAACCACAGAGACAGGUUGAACCACAGGAAUCCGUCCACUCGCAUAGUGGAAAGUUGCAGCGGAGUUACAGUAUGCAUGAGAGCAUGUCUCCAUGGCUUACACAUGUGACAGAGACCCAUUGCCGGGUUGAAUCUUCCUCAAGUUAUUUUCAAACACUUCAGAACUUAUAUCCUACUUGGAACACUGAAUAAUCUCCAUACAACUUAAUAUAUCAUCUUGAUUCCUGUAACUAUGAAGCCAUGCUAGGAAAAAACAAAUCCCCUCUUAAAAUGUUUUCGAAAAGGCUUUCACUGAAGAAUCAACAAAUAUAUUCACGUCUAAGCCCUGCCUUUCGACAUAGCUAGAAUUUUAGAUGUCCAAUAAAUGGUCUCCCCCAAACAUAUUUCUUUAUACAACCUUAAUUGAUGAUUGUCUUUAUGCAACUUCAUUCCAUAACUAACCUGUUUCUAUAGGACUCAACACCCCCCCCCCCCACAAGACUAGAAAAUAGUAAAUCUGCAACAAAAGUACAAAUAAUGAUUUUCACAAAACAGAGCAACAACAUAUGUCAGUGUUUAACAUGUAACAAAAAAUAUGUGGGAGAAACAGGAAGAACAAUUAAAGAAAGGUUCCAGGGCCACAAACAAAAUACUGUGGGUCAACACAGAACUCACCAGUACUUGACCCAACACUUUGUGAGUCACGGGUGGGAGGC